UUUUGCCUUUCGAGGCAUUCCUUUUUCCAGACUGUGCUACUGUAACUAGCCGUUUCUCGUUUUUCCAUCCCAGUGCAAACAUCGUGCGAUUAAUAGAUGAAGCGAGCAGGAAGACCCUCCCAGCGCAGCGGGCGGGCCCGGAGUCUGGGAGGGGGCGGAACCUCGGGCGCCUCGCCCCUCCCCUUCCGACGCAUUGCCCCGCCUCUUCCGGCGAGGCUUUGCCCCGCCCUUCGCAGCGCUCGGUGUCUGUGUAAGGUCUCCCCUCAGCCACCUCUGCGCAUGUUGCCUCCAGGUAGAGCCAUGGCUACUUUCCGUUUGGCCCUCAUCCAACUUCAAGUUUCUUCCAUCAAAUCAGAUAAUCUCACUCGAGCUUGUGGCCUUGUCCGGAAGGCGGCCAUGCAAGGAGCCAAAAUAGUUUCUCUGCCAGAAUGCUUUAAUUCUCCAUAUGGCACGAACUAUUUUCCUGAAUAUGCAGAGAAAAUUCCUGGUGAAUCCACACAGAAGCUUUCUGAAGUAGCAAAGGAGUGCAACAUAUAUCUUAUUGGAGGUUCCAUUCCUGAAGAGGAUGCUGGGAAAUUAUAUAAUACCUGUGCCGUGUUUGGGCCUGAUGGAACUUUACUGGUAAAGCACAGAAAGCUCCAUCUGUUUGACAUUGAUGUUCCUGGGAAAAUUACAUUUCAAGAAUCUAAAACAUUGAGUCCUGGUGAUAGUUUCUCCACAUUUGAGACUCCUUACUGCAGAGUGGGCCUGGGCAUCUGCUACGACAUCCGGUUUGCAGAGCUUGCACAGAUCUACGCACAGAGAGGCUGCCAGCUGUUGGUGUAUCCGGGAGCUUUUAAUUUGACCACUGGACCAGCUCACUGGGAGUUGCUUCAGCGAGGCCGGGCUGUUGAUAACCAGGUGUAUGUGGCCACAGCAUCUCCUGCCCGGGAUGAAAAAGCCUCCUAUGUCGCUUGGGGACACAGCACUGUCGUGAAUCCUUGGGGGGAGGUCCUUGCCAAAGCUGGCACUGAGGAAACCAUCAUCUAUUCAGACAUAGACCUGAAGAAGGUAGCUGAAAUACGCCAGCAAAUCCCCAUUUCUAGCCAGAAGCGAUCAGACCUCUAUGAAGUGACAGCGAAAAAACCCUAAACCUUUUCUCUUCCUGGGAACUCUGCUGAGAGACUGAGCUUCAACACACUGGUACUCCAUCCCACAUUAGUCAUAAAGGUAGUGAAGAGCAGAAAGGGUUGGCUUUAUAAGGUUCAGACCUUAUUCCAUACUUAAAUUGCCCCAAAGCAGCUGGUAAAAGUGUCAGAUCUCAGUGUCCUGGUGGCUGAUUGACCUGGUACAAAUGUAUUUGUGUCAUAAUCCUCUUAGCUCAUUGCUGGAAUUGGAAUCCAUUGUAUAGAAAACUGUCUAGUAUACCAUAUUUCCCCAUGUAUAAGACACACCCUUUUUCAAAAAAUUUGGUGUCUGAAACCUGGGUGCGUCUUGUACAGUGGUUGUAGGUUUUUUUUACUUGCAUUUCCCGCUUUUUCGCGCUUGUUGUCUUUGCGCUCAUUGUU